AUGACCUGUGAAGCUUGCCGCAGUAUUCCUCCUGUAGUUGUCCAGGGGUACCAACUCGAGGGUAUAUAUGAAAGUAUUGCUGGCUUGAAGACUUAUGUCACAGGAAAUACCGAUUCUGGAAUUGGCCUGGUGGACUUGUAUGAUGUAUUUGGCCUCGCCAACCAAACUCUGCAAGGUGCAGAUCUCAUCGCCCGGCGAUUGAAUGCCGUGGUGUUGGUUCCAGAUUUCUUUGAGGGCGAUGCUUUGUCGCAUGAUGCAAUUCCAGCGGAUACCGAUGCGAAGCAGAAGAUCAUCGGUGAUUUUCUGGCUACCAAAGCGAACAUCUCUCGAAACGUCGCCGUCCUGGUCGGAGCCGUUGAGCAAUACAGAACCAAGUUUCCGUCAGUUGCCAAAUGGGGUGCAUUUGGCCUGUGCUGGGGUGGAAAAGUAACUGUUCUUGCGUCUGGCGCCGAUACGCCUUUCGCUGCGACUGGUCAAGUCCACCCAGGUGCCAUGGAUGCAGCUGAUGCAACAGCGCUUACUAUUCCUCACAUUGUGUUGGCAUCCAAAGAUGAGCCGGCCAUUGUCGUCGGGGAAUAUGCCGAAGUGAUUACCAAUGGAAAGGGAGGUCUGGUAGAGAUUUACCCAAGCAUGUGGCAUGGAUGGAUGGGUGCCCGGGCCAAUCUUAAACAGGAGGAAAGCCGAGCGGAGUUCGCUCGUGGAUAUAACCAGCUAGGAGACUUUUUCGAAAAGCACCUGUGCUAG